AUGAUAAUGAAAAAGCUAAUAGAAAGUAAUGUAAUUAAAUUAAAUUAUGAAAAUUUUUUAACAAAAUAUAAAUUAAAUUCAGGGAAUGAACAGAAGGAUUUGAGUGAUGAAGAACUGUAUGAACAUUUCAUAAUUAAUACAUUCAAUUACUCCAAACCUUUAGGGUGUUUACCCCCAAAUAUUUCUAAUAUAAAAGAAUAUUAUUUAGAUGGAAUAAAUAUUUUUGAAGUAAUAGAUUAUGUAAAUAUUAGUGAACGAAUGUAUAAAUUUGAAAAUAUUACAGAGGAAGAUGAUAAAGAAAAUGAAGAUGACAGCAAAGAAAUUUUCAGCCAUUCAGAACCAGACGAAAAACAUGAUUAUGAAAUAAAGAGUAGAAAAAAUAAUAAAAGUAACAAAAUAUCAAAUAAUAAUAAAAAAGAUGGAAAUAAUAUAAAAAGUAAUAAGUAUAGAAGAUUCUAUCGUUUUUUAUUAUAUGAUGGAAAGAGUUUUAUAUACGCAUAUGAACAAGAAUAUAAUGAAAUAUUCACGUAUCUUGAAAGUAAUAAAUAUAUAUAUCCCAAAAUUAUAUUAUAUAAUAAACCUUUAAUUCGCCGAGGGGCUAUAUUAUUAAAAAAGAAUCAAGUUAUAAUUUUGUUUAAAGGAUGUACUGUAUCAUGUAAUGACACGGAAGAUAAUGAAAUAGAAGAUUUUCCUAUAAUAUCGGAAAGUAAUAACAUAAAUUCAGGAGUUCAUCAAAAUAUACAUGAUGAUUUAUAUACUACAAGGAAUACAUAUGACAAUAAAAAUAUGACUGAUGAUUCCCAUAAUUUAAUUAGAAAAUUUUAUUAUGCUGAUGAAGGUAGGGAAAAAGAAGAAUAUAAAACUUAUUAUGAAAAUACAAACAAUUGUGGUGUAUUCAGUAAUACGAAUCGUUCUAACGAAUAUUAUUCUAGAAGUAAUAUGCAUAAUAAUAAUAAUUAUUCAUUUAAUGAAUAUGCAAAUCAUAAUUAUAAAUAUGAUCAGAACCAUGUUAAAAAAAAUACAGAAUAUUAUUAUAAUAAAGAUAAAAAUUGUUAUAUCACUUCAAUAGAUUAUAAUAAUAAUAAUAAUAAUAAUAAUAAUAGUAAUAAUGAAUAUCCAGGAAAUAAUUAUAACAAUAAUAAUAAGGGUAAUCAUUAUUAUUCUCAUAAUAUUCAUAACAACCAUAUGCAUGAUGCACAUAACAAUAAAAAUUAUAUUGGUUCAAAUAGGUAUAAUACUGACAAGGCUUCAUAUAAUUAUUAUAAUAAUCAUUAUAAGAACAAACAACAUUAUAUUGAUCCCCAAAGGAAUAAUUAUUAUACACAUGGAAUAAAUCAUGAUUAUUAUUCUAAAGAAAAUUAUCUGAACAGUUUUGAAUAUAAAAAUCAUAAUGGUUAUAAAGAACCACUUCGAAAUUAUUCUAACGAUCAUCCAAGAAACAGUUAUAACAAAAAUAAGUAUAACAUUUUUAAUGAAAACAAACGUAACAGUUCUAACAAAAAUGAUCAUCAUAUUUCUAACAAAAAUAAUCGUAAUAGUUCUAACAAAAAUAAUCGUAAUAGUUCUAACAAAAAUAAUCGUAAUAGUUCUAACAAAAAUAAUCGUAGUAGUUCUAACAAAAAUAAUCGUAGUAGUUCUAAGGAAUAUUUUAAAAGGAAUUCUAAUAAAUUUGAUAAUGCAUAUGAUAAUACAUACCAUGAUAAUAAUACCAGAGUAAAUCAUCAUAGUGAUUUUUCUAGAAAAAAUAAUAAUGGUUUUUAUAGAAAUAAUGAUAAUAAUUACAAUAAUGAGACUUAUGUAAAGAACCAUUUUUCUAAUGAGGUAAAGCAUAAUGCAGGCUAUCAAAGACUGAGUGAUAAUUUGGAAAAUAGAAAUAGAAUGAAUUAUGAAAAUAAUAAUAAUUAUUAUUCAACAUAUGGACAUUCUGAUUAUAACGUUAAUUAUAAUAAUAAGAAUAAUAGAAAUAUACCUUUGAGUAAUUUAAAUGAAAAGAAUAAUCAUAUCCCAUCUAAUAAUUAUUAUACAGAAAAUUAUUUACCAGAAAAAGAAGGUAAUAGAAAUAUACUUACAAAUCAAAUAAAUAACUAUUCAAUUAAUUCUGUAAACAAUAAUUUUGAACAAAUUAAUCCUUCCACGUGUAAUUAUAAUAGGAAUAAUGUAUUUCCAUAUAAUAAGGAAGAUGAUAAAAAUAAUUUUGUCGAAAUGAAAAAUGUUGAAGAAGAAUAUCAUAACGAUAACCAAGAAAGAGCUAGAAGGAAUUCAGAAAAUAGCAAGAAAUUUAUCGAUUUAACAGAAGGAUUUUUUUCUUCAGAAUUUUUUCAUAAAUCAUAUGAAUGUAAUGAUGUUAAUAAAAAUAGUGAUAUUAUUAUCCUGGAUGAUUAA